AUGAAACUUGAGAAUUUUGUGCAAAUUAUUAAUCUUGGGUUGAAAAUUUUGGCUGCUGUUAGUGAAAUGGUUGCAGGCGAUAUUCUUGAUAGGGCUAUUGAAGCAGAGGACAGGAAGCAUGGAGACUUUCUGAUGCUGGAACACAUUGAGGGGUACCUUGAACUGUCAACCAAGACGAAGUCUUUUUUUACUACAACUGUUGCUUUGUGGGAUGCGGAUUUCUAUGUUAACUAUAG